AAUAAAUUUUAAUAAAAUGAGUUUCGGUUUUUAUUAAUAACAUCAAAAUCAAAAUGACCAACAGCAGCACAACAACAAAACUCAUCCCGGGUGACGCAGAACCGCGACUCCAGAACCAGAACCAGUCCGGUUCUCUCAUCCCUGAAGCUCCAGAUGAUCUCUGCAAACUCCCGGGAAGAUUACGUAUAAACCCGUCUCUGUGGGAUAAGGACGAUGUGAAUUUAUUCCUGCGCUGGGCUCAGAGGGAGUUCUCACUGCGCAGGUCAGAUCAGGAGAAGUUUGAGAUGAAUGGGAAAGCCCUCUGUCUCCUGACCAAGGAGGAUUUCCGCCUUCGUUCUCCCAGCUCAGGGGAUGUGAUCUAUGAACUCCUGCAGCACGUCAAACAACAGAGACGCUCACACACACACACCUGUACUACAGGUCCGGCCGGCAGCACUAACAGAUCCGUUCCCGUGUGUCCGGUGAAUCCGAACUCCAGACACUCCAACGGGCCGAGUACCGAGCCGAGCUCAGAGCUGAUCCAGAACACGCUGGUGCAGCGCUGCAGCACCCCCUGUACACACUCAGACGUUCCUGAAGCAGCGCUGAACGUUCUUCCUCCUCCGGUCCUGAACUUCAGUCCUCACGUCCACACCAGUAAAGAUGAACCGCUGAACCUGUCCAACAAGAACCAACCGCCAAGCACCAACACACGGACCAGCGCCACCGCCACCGCCCCCGCCGACGGAAAGAUCGCAGACUGUAAGUUAUUAUGGGAUUACGUUUACCACCUACUGCUGGACCCCCGGUACGAACCCUACAUCCGCUGGGAGGAUCCGGACGCCAUGAUCUUCAGAGUGGUGGAUCCGAACGGACUGGCUCGUCUCUGGGGGAACCACAAGAACCGAGUCAACAUGACGUACGAGAAAAUGUCCCGAGCGCUGCGUCACUACUACAAACUCAACAUCAUCAGGAAGGAAGUGGGUCAGCGUCUCCUCUUCAGGUUUCUGAAAAGCCCGGACGAGAUCGUGCAGAGCAGAUCGGACCGAUACGACCCUCCGGACCUUCCAGACUCUCCGGACAGCCCCGUGUCCCCCGUCCUGGAGGUUUCGCCUGCGUCAACCCCGGAGCCGUGCAGCCCCGGGUCUCAGCGCAGGCUCAGUGUGUCGCCGCUGCCAUGAUCGAGUUCCGGUGUCUGGGUUCCGGCUCGUUUGAGGGUCUCUGUGCAGUGCCAUCGAUCAGCCAGCAGCUGAUCGAUGCCGCUGAACAGAGACAGGGGAUAGAUCACCUCCCUCAUAUAUAGACAAUCAUGCCUGUCUAGACGCCCGGCCAGCCGAUAGCACCAAUAAAAAUCAAACCACACC